CAAAGCACAUAAAUUCAACAACUACUUACAAUGGUUUCCUACAUUACUGUGGCUCUAUUCAUUGCCACAUCGGUAAUACACCUAGCAUUGGCCGAAUAUGAUACGCAUGAAGUAUAUGAUUUUUCGAAUUUUGAAUAUCCUAUAGACAAUAAUACUGUAAAGGUUUAUGUGACAGUGUUAAAUUCUAGCAAAUCUAUUGAGAUAUUAUGCCCAAAGGAACGUAACGGUCUCCGUUUCAAUUUACUUCCUAAUACUCGUGAGACUAUUGCGACUAAUGACAUAUAUGUCUAUGCCACAGUAAAUGGAGUUUAUCGUAAGAUUAACAUAAAUCAAAUAUUUGUGCCUGAUGAAUCAUCUGAUAGCGGAUUACCGGAUUACAGGCUGAAUAAGGCUCGGUUGUUACUCGCUAAUGACGGUCAUACAUUGUUUAGAAGGCCAGGUUUUGAUAGCAUUGAUGUUCACUGUACUGCUGGUAUAUUUAUCAAUAGUGUAGCAGCGUCUUUACCUGGUUGUUUGGACAAUGAGCAACUUAAUCGCAGUGGAGCAUACACGUGUCCUUGUUAUGGUUGUGGUAAGGCAUCCGGGCCAUUAUUGGGUGUUGUCAAAAUAAUGUUGACAUCUGUUCCGGAAGUGAUGCAUGGCUGUGGAAGUAAGCGUGUACCAAUUUUACUACACGAGCAACCUAGCUCUCAUGAAUGUUCAUAUGAUUUGUUGGACACUGAUCGUAUUGGUUUCUAUUGUAAAGGCCGCGUAGAUCCUCCGGAUUGUCCUCGUGUGAUGUUCAAUGCUUUAAAUGAUCAAUUGAUGGAUGUUCCUUUUGAGGGUAACUUAAAUUGGCAGAUGUACGGUGAUGGCCUUUUACUAUCUAUUAGCUAUGACCAAAGUUGCAACGCUAAAACUUUUAAGGGGUAUUGCAAAUGCAUCAGCGAGGAAACAGGGGCUACGAAUGCCGUCAUAAAUUUGCGGCGACAAGAUGAGUAUGUUUGCGAUUUGGGGUCACUACUGAUGCGCCAUUUGAGCAACAACAUUUUAGGUCCAUGGUGCGACGUUAAGUUAUAUCCUGGGAGAAAGCUCAGCAUAAUAUUACCUUCUCUUAAUGAGAGUAAUGUUUACACUAACCCUGUGACAAAGGUUGCGCAUAAAGUCGUAGUAAAAUCGGCGUUGUGGAUGCCACUUAUCUCAUCCAAUAAUGGUUUAGUUCGCAGUAUAUUUAACAAUGCGGUUACAUAUAAGCAAGUUUCUAUUGAGCCCUUUUUUAACAAUGGUAUUCUUGAAUUAGAGUCUGGAUAUGAUCCAUUAGGCGUUUUGAUAAUAAAGCACUUGAACAAUGAAACUCGUUUGAAGAUGGGUUUUGAUUCGUUUUACUAUCGCAAUCUAAUGAAGAUAGGCAUAGAAAAUGGGAAGCCUAUGGACAUUUUGGCUAACAUUAAAAUAACAUUACAGCAAUUGAACGGCUAUAAAUGGCUUGACGAAGACCUUCACCAUUACAUGGAGGAUAAACCAAUUGCUUCUGGCAGGAAUCCGUGGAUUCUUCGCCACAGUUUUUCUCCUUUCAUAAAAGCAUUCUAUGCUGGUGAUAUUGAUGUGACUACUGUUCGUUGCAAUUCCACUGAGGCGUUGGUCCCCUCUGGUUGCAACAAGAAAGCAUUCGAUGCUAACCGAACUAUGGUUAUUCCAUUCCCCGAAGGAGUUUCCCAACGCAUGAGGGAUCCAAGAGGUAACAGUACUCAGAUAGUAGUUGCCGAUAGAGCAUCUCCCUUAAGUUUGUCUUGUAGUUGUCUGAAUUCUGAUGGUAUAGAAUCCUCUCGUUUUGAAGUUCACAAGUUACGUCGGCUCGAUGUAGCCAAUCCAUUCUUGAAUGGUGCGCCAAAUCGGAUAGUAAUGCUACCUCACGUAGAGAUGAUAAGUAACGGCGUUGCUAGCAUGAGAUACGGCAUUGAUCGAAUACCGAUGAUAGAUUCGCUUGAGGCUAAGCAUGAAUUUAGAUUAGCGUUGGGUGACGAAUUGUAUCUAAGGUGUCAACCUCCUGUUGACUAUAAAUAUAGGCAGCGAAUCACUGUAGCCAGUGCUGACAAGCCCUUCUUUUCAGAAGCAUACAAGACUAUUUUAAUCCACGAUGAAAGCACUGAGAAAGAGUAUACCAUGUUAAAUGAUGACCCAUCUAUGUCUCAAGGGGUGUGGUUUCCUGCGAAUGAUAAGUCAUUUUUCAGUGUAGUGACGAAAGGCUCGGAUAGGUAUUUUAAAAACAGGGCUAUAGAAUCUACCAUGGCCAUAUCUGGUGGUUUUGAAAUUGCCACUCACGAGAAGUCUACGGCUGACAUGAUCAGCCGGUCAAUUUUCAACAUCAAGUACCCCAAAAGCUCGAUUGUGAUAUCAAAAUUAGGUGAAAGCGAAAUCACAUUUAAUUUCAUAUGCGGUAAAGUAUCACCUGGUUUAGAUAAUGCUGAUAAGGUAGAGAAAUAUUCCGGUCGUUUUAGGUAUACAAAUCCUAUUCAUCGUGAAGAUAGGUUGAUGGAGAUUUGGGGUUUAAUAAAGAUUACAAUUCCGACUACUGACCCCUAUGUUCAUGGUUGUGGUAUACCGGGUGAUCAUGACAAGUUAUUCCUUCCGGAUACGGAUAUUCUAAGAGAUAGGGCGGGCAAAAUUAUUGGUUGUUCAGUCAAUAUGAAACGGGCCGGUAGAGCGGGAUUUUAUUGCCCACUUCCAUAUAGGACUGACCCUCCUGAUUGUAGACCAAUGCAUAUGCCCACUAGUAGAUGCGUUGGCAGCGAUUCAUCUGCUUUGAAGGUGUCAAAAAGCCCUCAUCUAUUUCUAUUCACCCGGACUCCGCGCAUGGAGUUUCCUUUCAACCUACUUCGGUUGCGCCCGUCAACUUUUGAAUGUCACUGUAGCACUAUUACAGGUGUACGUAUUUCCACUAUUAGGUUAACAAGAAUCUGAACUUGUUUUUAUUCAAUAUGAACGAUCAGC